CAGACAGAUAAUCAGUUAGAUAAAGAAGAGCCAACGCCGGGGGCCUCUAUAAAAAGGGAGGCUAACUGGGCAUUCUCAGUCCCACAGUCCUGCCACAGUAGUACCACUGCCCACGGUAGACAUGGCAUUCAACGGUACCUGGAAAGUUGAACGCAACGAGAACUAUGACAAGUUUAUGGAGCAGAUGGGCAUCAAUGUGAUGAAGAGGAAGUUGGCUGAACAUGACAACCUGAAGGUUAUCAUCGAGCAGACAGGAGACAAGUUCCACAUCAAGGAAUCCAGCACCUUCCGUAACAAAGACAUCGACUUCACCCUGGGCGUACAGUUUGACUACGCCCUGGCCGACGGCACCGAAGUCUCAGGUACUUGGGAGAUGGAUGGAGAUGUGUUGAAGGGUAAAUUCACCAGGAAAGACAACAGUAAGGUGCUGACCACCACUCGGGCCCUGGUGGGAGGAGAGCUAGUACAGAGCUAUAACUACGAUGGGGUGGAUGCCAAGAGGAUUUUCAAGAAGGCUUAAAGGGAUUCAUGACGAAUUUCUAUCUCGCAUCCCAUUAUGUUUUUUCUAACCUUAAGAAUAUGUGGCAAGACUUUAGCUCAGGUGCCAAAUUUAAAGUAUGAGUUAAAAAUUGCAGUGCCUUCACCUCGUUCUCUAUACCCCAUGUACCCCCAAGAAUAGCUCCAAUAGCUCCAACAGUUCACUAUUGGAUGAAGGCCAUAUCACCCUCUGAAGAGCCCUUUAACUGAAGGUUUGGAACAUAGAAUUAAGAAUUAGAAUACUGGAAAGGUCAUGAACAUUCUUAUGACGGUAUAAAGGUUAGCUAUGUUGGUCAGGGAGUUGGUCAACCACGGUUUGCCAGUGCUGUGAUAAGAUAUUGUGUAAAAUAAUGAAUUUUAAGAACGUAUCUGCACUGGUAUGUUCGUUAGCUAUCUAGCCAGCCAAUUUCCGAGGAAUGAUUCCAUCCAUUUUUCAAAUGAACUGCCAAUAUACCAUUGAAACAAUGCAGUCAAUCCACAGCGAUACAGUGGCUGAAAUCAGUUGACGACAGGACUUAGUUAAUGAGGACUUAGUUGUAAAUGCAACAAGUACUGAUAUUGCAUCAUAUAAAAGCACUCACAGUUUUCAAUGAAAAUAAACAUUUAGACAUUGAUGGUCUGUUUACAUGUAUUUCAGAAGCUAUUUAUACAAAACAAGUAUAAACUGUAUUUAUAAUUAUAUGACAAUAUUUUAGUUUGACAUUAAUUAUAUUACACAAUUUCUGAUAUAUCACAUGCUUUACUUUUAUUUUCCUGAAUGAAAUAAAUCUGGAUUCUGCCUCUGCUGCCAUUCAUUCACAUUAGACUGGCUUGGAUUUCUACCUGACCAAGAUGGCUGCCAUUCAUURACAUUAGACUGGCUUGGGUUUUCUACCUGACCAAGAUGGCUGCCAUUCAUUCGCAUUAGACUGGCUUGGAUUUCAACCUGACCAAUAUGGCUGCCAUUUUCACCKCCAUUCUGGAACUUUGAGGGUUUAUGACAUAGCCCCUCUAGUAAAUGAAUAGCAUUUCCACAGUGUGGUCCACUAAAAUCUUCCAAAAAUUCAUAAAGCAAGGAACAUUAUGUUGGCUGAUAUACUUCCACAGUGACUACAACCUUUGAACAAUCAAGAUUAAACUCUCCACUGAAUCCAGAAAGGGAAACUGUCAUCUUUGGUGUACAUUUAACAGGUGCCCUUUUAUACUCAACUUUUUUAAAUAAUUGGUCUUGCACAAUAAAAUACUUUAACGUUCCAGUGAA